GAAAAAUCUGUCAGUGCAUGGACUGAAAUGGUGGUUUAGAUGGGCUUGCAUUAAUUUGCUACUUUUCAUUGUGCUGUUUUUUCUUACUACUCCUUCCAUAAUCAUCUCAACCAUGGAUAAGUUCAAUGUCACUAAACCUAUUCACUACUUGAAUAAUCCCAUCGUCAGUCAGUUUUUCCCAACGCUCUUGCUCUGGUCCUUCUCAGCUUUGCUACCAACAAUUGUCUAUUACUCAACUUUGCUGGAGUCCCACUGGACAAAAUCUGCAGAGAACAGAAUAAUGAUGCAUAAAGUCUACAUAUUUUUGAUCUUCAUGGUCUUGAUUCUGCCCUCCCUUGGUCUAACCAGCCUUGAUUUUUUUUUCCGCUGGCUGUUUGACAGAGAAUCAUCUGAUUCUGCAGUUAGGCUGGAGUGUGUCUUUUUGCCUGAUCAGGGAGCCUUCUUUGUGAACUAUGUGAUUGCCUCAGCCUUUGUUGGCAACGGGAUGGAGCUGCUGCGCCUGCCAGGCCUCAUCCUUUACACCAUACGCAUGAUAAUGGCCAAGUCCACAGCAGAAAGGAAAAAUAUUAAACAGCAACAAGCAUUCGAAUAUGAAUUUGGAGCAAUGUAUGCCUGGAUGUUGUGUGUGUUCACUGUCAUCAUGGCCUAUAGCAUCACGUGUCCCAUCAUUGUCCCGUUUGGUUUAAUAUACAUACUCCUGAAGCACAUGGUUGACCGUCAUAACCUUUACUAUGCCUAUCUCCCUGCCAAGCUGGAGAAGAAGAUGCACUUUGCAGCUGUGAAUCAGGCCCUUGCAGCUCCAAUUCUCUGCCUUUUCUGGCUCUAUUUUUUCUCAUUUUUGCGGCUAGGCUUUAAAGCACCUACAAGCAUGUUUACAUUCCUAGUUGUCAACAUCACAAUUGUUAUUUGCUUGGCUUACACUUGUUUUGGCUGUUUCAAGUACCUGAGUCCACUGAAUUACAAGAUAGAAGACACACAAAGUGAAAGAGGAAGUGACACAGAUCUACCAACCGUCCCAACAUCUUCUAUGUACGUCCCCCAAGUUUUGCGUCCUCAGCCUACAGAAAGGACAGUGCUUGCCCACCAGGAGCAGCAGUCAUAUGGCACCAUGGAUGACACUUAUUCACAGGCAGAAGGAGUCAUAAGCUAUUCUGCUGGACCUGCAGUUCUUGAGCAGGCAUCGAUCGGUUCGCUUUGA